AUGGUGGCGCACAAGACACGGGCGCCAGCGCUGCAGCGCGUCGGCACACCCGAGGAGCCGCGCGUGGGCUUGGUGGCCACGACGCACCGGGUGCGUCUGGACGGCGACGCCUGGGCGCGCGUCCUUGAGGCGUGCCCGGACCUGCUCAAGCAGGAGUUCACCAGCGAUGUCUGCGACGCCACGUCGCUGCCGCCGACCUCGAUGCGGCGGCUGGUGCUCGCGGCGGGCAGCCUUGUUGCCGACUUCGAGCUCGCGCACGGCGGGCUGGCGAGGACCGAGCUGAAUGAGCAGAUCGCCCGCUCCCCCUUCACCCGCACGUGGGCGCUGUACCAGCGCGUCGCUGCGCCGGAAGAGACGCUGGGCCCCCGCGCUGCGCCGCCUGCCGCCCUUCAGGACUCCGAGAGCUUCGCGUCACUGGACGUCGAGGAGCCGCCGGCUGUGCUGCGGCGGGAGGGGACGCCGGAGGUGGCGACCAUGGUGGCGCACGAGGCACGGGCGCCAGCGCUGCAGCGCGUCGGCACACCCGAGGAGCCGCGCGUGGGCUUGGUGGCCACGACGCACCGGGUGCGUCUGGACGGCGACGCCUGGGCGCGCGUCCUUGAGGCGUGCCCGGACCUGCUCAAGCAGGAGUUCACCAGCGAUGUCUGCGACGCCACGUCGCUGCCGCCGACCUCGAUGCGGCGGCUGGUGCUCGCGGCGGGCAGCCUUGUUGCCGACUUCGAGCUCGCGCACGGCGGGCUGGCGAGGACCGAGCUGAAUGAGCAGAUCGCUCGCUCCCCCUUCACCCGCACGUGGGCGCUGUACCAGCGCGUCGCUGCGCCGGAAGAGACGCUGGGCCCCCGCGCUGCGCCGCCUGCCGCCCUUCAGGACUCCGAGAGCUUCGCGUCACUGGACGUCGAGGAGCCGCCGGCUGUGCUGCGGCGGGAGGGGACGCCGGAGGUGGCGACCAUGGUGGCGCACGAGGCACGGGCGCCAGCGCUGCAGCGCGUCGGCACACCCGAGGAGCCGCGCGUGGGCUUGGUGGCCACGACGCACCGGGUGCGUCUGGACGGCGACGCCUGGGCGCGCGUCCUUGAGGCGUGCCCGGACCUGCUCAAGCAGGAGUUCACCAGCGAUGUCUGCGACGCCACGUCGCUGCCGCCGACCUCGAUGCGGCGGCUGGUGCUCGCGGCGGGCAGCCUUGUUGCCGACUUCGAGCUCGCGCACGGCGGGCUGGCGAGGACCGAGCUGAAUGAGCAGAUCGCUCGCUCCCCCUUCACCCGCACGUGGGCGCUGUACCAGCGCGUCGCUGCGCCGGAAGAGACGCUGGGCCCCCGCGCUGCGCCGCCUGCCACCCUUCAGGACUCCGAGAGCUUCGCGUCACUGGACGUCGAGGAGCCGCCGGCUGUGCUGCGGCGGGAGGGGACGCCGGAGGUGGCGACCAUGGUGGCGCACGAGGCACGGGCGCCAGCGCUGCAGCGCGUCGGCACACCCGAGGAGCCGCGCGUGGGCUUGGUGGCCACGAAGCACCGGGUGCGUCUGGACGGCGACGCCUGGGCGCGCGUCCUUGAGGCGUGCCCGGACCUGCUCAAGCAGGAGUUCACCAGCGAUGUCUGCGACGCCACGUCGCUGCCGCCGACCUCGAUGCGGCGGCUGGUGCUCGCGGCGGGCAGCCUUGUUGCCGACUUCGAGCUCGCGCACGGCGGGCUGGCGAGGACCGAGCUGGAUGAGCAGAUCGCCCGCUCCCCCUUCAUCCGCACGUGGGCGCUGUACCAGCGCGUCGCUGCGCCGGAAGAGACGCUGGGCCCCCGCGCUGCGCCGCCUGCCACCCUUCAGGACUCCGAGAGCUUCGCGUCACUGGACGUCGAGGAGCCGCCGGCUGUGCUGCGGCGGGAGGGGACGCCGGAGGUAGCGACCAUGGUGGCGCACGAGGCACGGGCGCCAGCGCUGCAGCGCGUCGGCACACCCGAGGAGCCGCGCGUGGGCUUGGUGGCCACGACGCACCGGGUGCGUCUGGACGGCGACGCCUGGGCGCGCGUCCUUGAGGCGUGCCCGGACCUGCUCAAGCAGGAGUUCACCAGCGAUGUCUGCGACGCCACGUCGCUGCCGCCGACCUCGAUGCGGCGGCUGGUGCUCGCGGCGGGCAGCCUUGUUGCCGACUUCGAGCUCGCGCACGGCGGGCUGGCGAGGACCGAGCUGAAUGAGCAGAUCGCCCGCUCCCCCUUCACCCGCACGUGGGCGCUGUACCAGCGCGUCGCUGCGCCGGAAGAGACGCUGGCCCCCCGCGCUGCGCCGCUGGAGGAGGCCCCCAUGGUGGUCGUGAGCGACGUGCCUGCGGAGCACGAGCUGUCGCAGCGCACCGCGGAGCCGGUAGGCUUCUCGCGCGACGACCUCGCGUCAGCAGGGCCUGCAGCGCUGCAGCGCGUCGGCACACCCGAGGAGCCGCGCGUGGGCUUGGUGGCCACGACGCACCGGGUGCGUCUGGACGGCGACGCCUGGGCGCGCGUCCUUGAGGCGUGCCCGGACCUGCUCAAGCAGGAGUUCACCAGUGAUGUCUGCGACGCCACGUCGCUGCCGCCGACCUCGAUGCGGCGGCUGGUGCUCGCGGCGGGCAGCCUUGUUGCCGACUUCGAGCUCGCGCACGGCGGGCUGGCGAGGACCGAGCUGGAUGAGCAGAUCGCUCGCUCCCCCUUCACCCGCACGUGGGCGCUGUACCAGCGCGUCGCUGCGCCGGAAGAGACGCUGGGCCCCCGCGCUGCGACGCUGGAGGAGGCCCCCAUGGUGGUUGUGAGCGACGUGCCUGCGGAGCACGAGCUGUCGCAGCGCACCGCGGAGCCGGUAGGCUUCUCGCGCGACGACCUCGCGUCAGCAGGGCCUGCAGCGCUGCAGCGCGUCGGCACACCCGAGGAGCCGCGCGUGGGCUUGGUGGCCACGACGCACCGGGUGCGUCUGGACGGCGACGCCUGGGCGCGCGUCCUUGAGGCGUGCCCGGACCUGCUCAAGCAGGAGUUCACCAGCGAUGUCUGCGACGCCACGUCGCUGCCGCCGACCUCGAUGCGGCGGCUGGUGCUCGCGGCGGGCAGCCUUGUUGCCGACUUCGAGCUCGCGCACGGCGGGCUGGCGAGGACCGAGCUGGAUGAGCAGAUCGCCCGCUCCCCCUUCAUCCGCACGUGGGCGCUGUACCAGCGCGUCGCUGCGCCGGAAGAGACGCUGGCCCCCCGCGCUGCGACGCUGGAGGAGGCCCCCAUGGUGGUCGUGAGCGACGUGCCUGCGGAGCACGAGCUGUCGCAGCGCACCGCGGAGCCGGUAGGCUUCUCGCGCGACGACCUCGCGUCAGCAGGGCCUGCAGCGCUGCAGCGCGUCGGCACACCCGAGGAGCCGCGCGUGGGCUUGGUGGCCACGACGCACCGGGUGCGUCUGGACGGCGACGCCUGGGCGCGCGUCCUUGAGGCGUGCCCGGACCUGCUCAAGCAGGAGUUCACCAGUGAUGUCUGCGACGCCACGUCGCUGCCGCCGACCUCGAUGCGGCGGCUGGUGCUCGCGGCGGGCAGCCUUGUUGCCGACUUCGAGCUCGCGCACGGCGGGCUGGCGAGGACCGAGCUGGAUGAGCAGAUCGCCCGCUCCCCCUUCACCCGCACGUGGGCGCUGUACCAGCGCGUCGCUGCGCCGGAAGAGACGCUGGGCCCCCGCGCUGCGACGCUGGAGGAGGCCCCCAUGGUGGUCGUGAGCGACGUGCCUGCGGAGCACGAGCUGUCGCAGCGCACCGCGGAGCCGGUAGGCUUCUCGCGCGACGACCUCGCGUCAGCAGGGCCUGCAGCGCUGCAGCGCGUCGGCACACCCGAGGAGCCGCGCGUGGGCUUGGUGGCCACGACGCACCGGGUGCGUCUGGACGGCGACGCCUGGGCGCGCGUCCUUGAGGCGUGCCCGGACCUGCUCAAGCAGGAGUUCACCAGCGAUGUCUGCGACGCCACGUCGCUGCCGCCGACCUCGAUGCGGCGGCUGGUGCUCGCGGCGGGCAGCCUUGUUGCCGACUUCGAGCUCGCGCACGGCGGGCUGGCGGGGACCGAGCUGGAUGAGCAGAUCGCCCGCUCCCCCUUCACCCGCACGUGGGCGCUGUACCAGCGCGUCGCUGCGCCGGAAGAGACGCUGGGCCCCAGCGCUGCGACGCUGGAGGAGGCCCCCAUGGUGGUCGUGAGCGACGUGCCUGCGGAGCACGAGCUGUCGCAGCGCACCGCGGAGCCGGUAGGCUUCUCGCGCGACGACCUCGCGUCAGCAGGGCCUGCAGCGCUGCAGCGCGUCGGCACACCCGAGGAGCCGCGCGUGGGCUUGGUGGCCACGACGCACCGGGUGCGUCUGGACGGCGACGCCUGGGCGCGCGUCCUUGAGGCGUGCCCGGACCUGCUCAAGCGGGAGUUCACCAGCGAUGUCUGCGACGCCACGUCGCUGCCGCCGACCUCGAUGCGGCGGCUGGUGCUCGCGGCGGGCAGCCUUGUUGCCGACUUCGAGCUCGCGCACGGCGGGCUGGCGAGGACCGAGCUGGAUGAGCAGAUCGCCCGCUCCCCCUUCACCCGCACGUGGGCGCUGUACCAGCGCGUCGCUGCGCCGGAAGAGACGCUGGCCCCCCGCGCUGCGACGCUGGAGGAGGCCCCCAUGGUGGUCGUGAGCGACGUGCCUGCGGAGCACGAGCUGUCGCAGCGCACCGCGGAGCCGGUAGGCUUCUCGCGCGACGACCUCGCGUCAGCAGGGCCUGCAGCGCUGCAGCGCGUCGGCACACCCGAGGAGCCGCGCGUGGGCUUGGUGGCCACGACGCACCGGGUGCGUCUGGACGGCGACGCCUGGGCGCGCGUCCUUGAGGCGUGCCCGGACCUGCUCAAGCAGGAGUUCACCAGCGAUGUCUGCGACGCCACGUCGCUGCCGCCGACCUCGAUGCGGCGGCUGGUGCUCGCGGCGGGCAGCCUUGUUGUCGACUUCGAGCUCGCGCACGGCGGGCUGGCGGGGACCGAGCUGGAUGAGCAGAUCGCCCGCUCCCCCUUCACCCGCACGUGGGCGCUGUACCAGCGCGUCGCUGCGCCGGAAGAGACGCUGGCCCCCCGCGCUGCGCCGCCUGCCGCCCUUCAGGACUCCGAGAGCUUCGCGUCACUGGACGUCGAGGAGCCGCCGGCUGUGCUGCGGCGGGAGGGGACGCCGGAGGUGGCGACCAUGGUGGCGCACGAGGCACGGGCGCCAGCGCUGCAGCGCGUCGGCACACCCGAGGAGCCGCGCGUGGGCUUGGUGGCCACGACGCACCGGGUGCGUCUGGACGGCGACGCCUGGGCGCGCGUCCUUGAGGCGUGCCCGGACCUGCUCAAGCGGGAGUUCACCAGCGAUGUCUGCGACGCCACGUCGCUGCCGCCGACCUCGAUGCGGCGGCUGGUGCUCGCGGCGGGCAGCCUUGUUGCCGACUUCGAGCUCGCGCACGGCGGGCUGGCGAGGACCGAGCUGGAUGAGCAGAUCGCCCGCUCCCCCUUCACCCGCACGUGGGCGCUGUACCAGCGCGUCGCUGCGCCGGAAGAGACGCUGGCCCCCCGCGCUGCGACGCUGGAGGAGGCCCCCAUGGUGGUCGUGAGCGACGUGCCUGCGGAGCACGAGCUGUCGCAGCGCACCGCGGAGCCGGUAGGCUUCUCGCGCGACGACCUCGCGUCAGCAGGGCCUGCAGCGCUGCAGCGCGUCGGCACACCCGAGGAGCCGCGCGUGGGCUUGGUGGCCACGACGCACCGGGUGCGUCUGGACGGCGACGCCUGGGCGCGCGUCCUUGAGGCGUGCCCGGACCUGCUCAAGCAGGAGUUCACCAGCGAUGUCUGCGACGCCACGUCGCUGCCGCCGACCUCGAUGCGGCGGCUGGUGCUCGCGGCGGGCAGCCUUGUUGCCGACUUCGAGCUCGCGCACGGCGGGCUGGCGAGGACCGAGCUGGAUGAGCAGAUCGCCCGCUCCCCCUUCACCCGCACGUGGGCGCUGUACCAGCGCGUCGCUGCGCCGGAAGAGACGCUGGCCCCCCGCGCUGCGCCGCCUGCCACCCUUCAGGACUCCGAGAGCUUCGCGUCACUGGACGUCGAGGAGCCGCCGGCUGUGCUGCGGCGGGAGGGGACGCCGGAGGUGGCGACCAUGGUGGCGCACGAGGCACGGGCGCCAGCGCUGCAGCGCGUCGGCACACCCGAGGAGCCGCGCGUGGGCUUGGUGGCCACGACGCACCGGGUGCGUCUGGACGGCGACGCCUGGGCGCGCGUCCUUGAGGCGUGCCCGGACCUGCUCAAGCAGGAGUUCACCAGCGAUGUCUGCGACGCCACGUCGCUGCCGCCGACCUCGAUGCGGCGGCUGGUGCUCGCGGCGGGCAGCCUUGUUGUCGACUUCGAGCUCGCGCACGGCGGGCUGGCGGGGACCGAGCUGGAUGAGCAGAUCGCCCGCUCCCCCUUCACCCGCACGUGGGCGCUGUACCAGCGCGUCGCUGCGCCGGAAGAGACGCUGGCCCCCCGCGCUGCGCCGCCUGCCGCCCUUCAGGACUCCGAGAGCUUCGCGUCACUGGACGUCGAGGAGCCGCCGGCUGUGCUGCGGCGGGAGGGGACGCCGGAGGUGGCGACCAUGGUGGCGCACGAGGCACGGGCGCCAGCGCUGCAGCGCGUCGGCACACCCGAGGAGCCGCGCGUGGGCUUGGUGGCCACGACGCACCGGGUGCGUCUGGACGGCGACGCCUGGGCGCGCGUCCUUGAGGCGUGCCCGGACCUGCUCAAGCGGGAGUUCACCAGCGAUGUCUGCGACGCCACGUCGCUGCCGCCGACCUCGAUGCGGCGGCUGGUGCUCGCGGCGGGCAGCCUUGUUGUCGACUUCGAGCUCGCGCACGGCGGGCUGGCGAGGACCGAGCUGGAUGAGCAGAUCGCUCGCUCCCCCUUCACCCGCACGUGGGCGCUGUACCAGCGCGUCGCUGCGCCGGAAGAGACGCUGGCCCCCCGCGCUGCGCCGCUGGAGGAGGCCCCCAUGGUGGUUGUGAGCGACGUGCCUGCGGAGCACGAGCUGUCGCAGCGCACCGCGGAGCCGGUAGGCUUCUCGCGCGACGACCUCGCGUCAGCAGGGCCUGCAGCGCUGCAGCGCGUCGGCACACCCGAGGAGCCGCGCGUGGGCUUGGUGGCCACGACGCACCGGGUGCGUCUGGACGGCGACGCCUGGGCGCGCGUCCUUGAGGCGUGCCCGGACCUGCUCAAGCAGGAGUUCACCAGCGAUGUCUGCGACGCCACGUCGCUGCCGCCGACCUCGAUGCGGCGGCUGGUGCUCGCGGCGGGCAGCCUUGUUGCCGACUUCGAGCUCGCGCACGGCGGGCUGGCGAGGACCGAGCUGGAUGAGCAGAUCGCCCGCUCCCCCUUCAUCCGCACGUGGGCGCUGUACCAGCGCGUCGCUGCGCCGGAAGAGACGCUGGGCCCCCGCGCUGCGCCGCCUGCCACCCUUCAGGACUCCGAGAGCUUCGCGUCACUGGACGUCGAGGAGCCGCCGGCUGUGCUGCGGCGGGAGGGGACGCCGGAGGUAGCGACCAUGGUGGCGCACGAGGCACGGGCGCCAGCGCUGCAGCGCGUCGGCACACCCGAGGAGCCGCGCGUGGGCUUGGUGGCCACGACGCACCGGGUGCGUCUGGACGGCGACGCCUGGGCGCGCGUCCUUGAGGCGUGCCCGGACCUGCUCAAGCAGGAGUUCACCAGUGAUGUCUGCGACGCCACGUCGCUGCCGCCGACCUCGAUGCGGCGGCUGGUGCUCGCGGCGGGCAGCCUUGUUGCCGACUUCGAGCUCGCGCACGGCGGGCUGGCGAGGACCGAGCUGAAUGAGCAGAUCGCUCGCUCCCCCUUCACCCGCACGUGGGCGCUGUACCAGCGCGUCGCUGCGCCGGAAGAGACGCUGGGCCCCCGCGCUGCGCCGCCUGCCGCCCUUCAGGACUCCGAGAGCUUCGCGUCACUGGACGUCGAGGAGCCGCCGGCUGUGCUGCGGCGGGAGGGGACGCCGGAGGUGGCGACCAUGGUGGCGCACGAGGCACGGGCGCCAGCGCUGCAGCGCGUCGGCACACCCGAGGAGCCGCGCGUGGGCUUGGUGGCCACGACGCACCGGGUGCGUCUGGACGGCGACGCCUGGGCGCGCGUCCUUGAGGCGUGCCCGGACCUGCUCAAGCGGGAGUUCACCAGCGAUGUCUGCGACGCCACGUCGCUGCCGCCGACCUCGAUGCGGCGGCUGGUGCUCGCGGCGGGCAGCCUUGUUGCCGACUUCGAGCUCGCGCACGGCGGGCUGGCGAGGACCGAGCUGGAUGAGCAGAUCGCCCGCUCCCCCUUCACCCGCACGUGGGCGCUGUACCAGCGCGUCGCUGCGCCGGAAGAGACGCUGGGCCCCCGCACUGCGCCGCCUGCCGCCCUUCAGGACUCCGAGAGCUUCGCGUCACUGGACGUCGAGGAGCCGCCGGCUGUGCUGCGGCGGGAGGGGACGCCGGAGGUGGCGACCAUGGUGGCGCACGAGGCACGGGCGCCAGCGCUGCAGCGCGUCGGCACACCCGAGGAGCCGCGCGUGGGCUUGGUGGCCACGAAGCACCGGGUGCGUCUGGACGGCGACGCCUGGGCGCGCGUCCUUGAGGCGUGCCCGGACCUGCUCAAGCAGGAGUUCACCAGCGAUGUCUGCGACGCCACGUCGCUGCCGCCGACCUCGAUGCGGCGGCUGGUGCUCGCGGCGGGCAGCCUUGUUGCCGACUUCGAGCUCGCGCACGGCGGGCUGGCGAGGACCGAGCUGGAUGAGCAGAUCGCCCGCUCCCCCUUCACCCGCACGUGGGCGCUGUACCAGCGCGUCGCUGCGCCGGAAGAGACGCUGGGCCCCCGCACUGCGCCGCCUGCCGCCCUUCAGGACUCCGAGAGCUUCGCGUCACUGGACGUCGAGGAGCCGCCGGCUGUGCUGCGGCGGGAGGGGACGCCGGAGGUGGCGACCAUGGUGGCGCACGAGGCACGGGCGCCAGCGCUGCAGCGCGUCGGCACACCCGAGGAGCCGCGCGUGGGCUUGGUGGCCACGAAGCACCGGGUGCGUCUGGACGGCGACGCCUGGGCGCGCGUCCUUGAGGCGUGCCCGGACCUGCUCAAGCAGGAGUUCACCAGCGAUGUCUGCGACGCCACGUCGCUGCCGCCGACCUCGAUGCGGCGGCUGGUGCUCGCGGCGGGCAGCCUUGUUGCCGACUUCGAGCUCGCGCACGGCGGGCUGGCGAGGACCGAGCUGAAUGAGCAGAUCGCCCGCUCCCCCUUCACCCGCACGUGGGCGCUGUACCAGCGCGUCGCUGCGCCGGAAGAGACGCUGGGCCCCCGCGCUGCGCCGCCUGCCGCCCUUCAGGACUCCGAGAGCUUCGCGUCACUGGACGUCGAGGAGCCGCCGGCUGUGCUGCGGCGGGAGGGGACGCCGGAGGUGGCGACCAUGGUGGCGCACGAGGCACGGGCGCCAGCGCUGCAGCGCGUCGGCACACCCGAGGAGCCGCGCGUGGGCUUGGUGGCCACGACGCACCGGGUGCGUCUGGACGGCGACGCCUGGGCGCGCGUCCUUGAGGCGUGCCCGGACCUGCUCAAGCGGGAGUUCACCAGCGAUGUCUGCGACGCCACGUCGCUGCCGCCGACCUCGAUGCGGCGGCUGGUGCUCGCGGCGGGCAGCCUUGUUGCCGACUUCGAGCUCGCGCACGGCGGGCUGGCGAGGACCGAGCUGAAUGAGCAGAUCGCUCGCUCCCCCUUCACCCGCACGUGGGCGCUGUACCAGCGCGUCGCUGCGCCGGAAGAGACGCUGGGCCCCCGCGCUGCGCCGCCUGCCGCCCUUCAGGACUCCGAGAGCUUCGCGUCACUGGACGUCGAGGAGCCGCCGGCUGUGCUGCGGCGGGAGGGGACGCCGGAGGUGGCGACCAUGGUGGCGCACGAGGCACGGGCGCCAGCGCUGCAGCGCGUCGGCACACCCGAGGAGCCGCGCGUGGGCUUGGUGGCCACGAAGCACCGGGUGCGUCUGGACGGCGACGCCUGGGCGCGCGUCCUUGAGGCGUGCCCGGACCUGCUCAAGCAGGAGUUCACCAGCGAUGUCUGCGACGCCACGUCGCUGCCGCCGACCUCGAUGCGGCGGCUGGUGCUCGCGGCGGGCAGCCUUGUUGCCGACUUCGAGCUCGCGCACGGCGGGCUGGCGAGGACCGAGCUGAAUGAGCAGAUCGCCCGCUCCCCCUUCACCCGCACGUGGGCGCUGUACCAGCGCGUCGCUGCGCCGGAAGAGACGCUGGCCCCCCGCGCUGCGCCGCUGGAGGAGGCCCCCAUGGUGGUUGUGAGCGACGUGCCUGCGGAGCACGAGCUGUCGCAGCGCACCGCGGAGCCGGUAGGCUUCUCGCGCGACGACCUCGCGUCAGCAGGGCCUGCAGCGCUGCAGCGCGUCGGCACACCCGAGGAGCCGCGCGUGGGCUUGGUGGCCACGACGCACCGGGUGCGUCUGGACGGCGACGCCUGGGCGCGCGUCCUUGAGGCGUGCCCGGACCUGCUCAAGCAGGAGUUCACCAGUGAUGUCUGCGACGCCACGUCGCUGCCGCCGACCUCGAUGCGGCGGCUGGUGCUCGCGGCGGGCAGCCUUGUUGCCGACUUCGAGCUCGCGCACGGCGGGCUGGCGAGGACCGAGCUGGAUGAGCAGAUCGCUCGCUCCCCCUUCACCCGCACGUGGGCGCUGUACCAGCGCGUCGCUGCGCCGGAAGAGACGCUGGCCCCCCGCGCUGCGCCGCCUGCCACCCUUCAGGACUCCGAGAGCUUCGCGUCACUGGACGUCGAGGAGCCGCCGGCUGUGCUGCGGCGGGAGGGGACGCCGGAGGUGGCGACCAUGGUGGCGCACGAGGCACGGGCGCCAGCGCUGCAGCGCGUCGGCACACCCGAGGAGCCGCGCGUGGGCUUGGUGGCCACGACGCACCGGGUGCGUCUGGACGGCGACGCCUGGGCGCGCGUCCUUGAGGCGUGCCCGGACCUGCUCAAGCAGGAGUUCACCAGCGAUGUCUGCGACGCCACGUCGCUGCCUCCGACCUCGAUGCGGCGGCUGGUGCUCGCGGCGGGCAGCCUUGUUGCCGACUUCGAGCUCGCGCACGGCGGGCUGGCGAGGACCGAGCUGGAUGAGCAGAUCGCUCGCUCCCCCUUCACCCGCACGUGGGCGCUGUACCAGCGCGUCGCUGCGCCGGAAGAGACGCUGGGCCCCCGCGCUGCGCCGCCUGCCGCCCUUCAGGACUCCGAGAGCUUCGCGUCACUGGACGUCGAGGAGCCGCCGGCUGUGCUGCGGCGGGAGGGGACGCCGGAGGUGGCGACCAUGGUGGCGCACGAGGCACGGGCGCCAGCGCUGCAGCGCGUCGGCACACCCGAGGAGCCGCGCGUGGGCUUGGUGGCCACGACGCACCGGGUGCGUCUGGACGGCGACGCCUGGGCGCGCGUCCUUGAGGCGUGCCCGGACCUGCUCAAGCGGGAGUUCACCAGCGAUGUCUGCGACGCCACGUCGCUGCCGCCGACCUCGAUGCGGCGGCUGGUGCUCGCGGCGGGCAGCCUUGUUGCCGACUUCGAGCUCGCGCACGGCGGGCUGGCGAGGACCGAGCUGGAUGAGCAGAUCGCCCGCUCCCCCUUCACCCGCACGUGGGCGCUGUACCAGCGCGUCGCUGCGCCGGAAGAGACGCUGGCCCCCCGCGCUGCGCCGCUGGAGGAGGCCCCCAUGGUGGUUGUGAGCGACGUGCCUGCGGAGCACGAGCUGUCGCAGCGCACCGCGGAGCCGGUAGGCUUCUCGCGCGACGACCUCGCGUCAGCAGGGCCUGCAGCGCUGCAGCGCGUCGGCACACCCGAGGAGCCGCGCGUGGGCUUGGUGGCCACGACGCACCGGGUGCGUCUGGACGGCGACGCCUGGGCGCGCGUCCUUGAGGCGUGCCCGGACCUGCUCAAGCAGGAGUUCACCAGCGAUGUCUGCGACGCCACGUCGCUGCCGCCGACCUCGAUGCGGCGGCUGGUGCUCGCGGCGGGCAGCCUUGUUGCCGACUUCGAGCUCGCGCACGGCGGGCUGGCGAGGACCGAGCUGGAUGAGCAGAUCGCUCGCUCCCCCUACACCCGCACGUGGGCGCUGUACCAGCGCGUCGCUGCGCCGGAAGAGACGCUGGCCCCCCGCGCUGCGACGCUGGAGGAGGCCCCCAUGGUGGUCGUGAGCGACGUGCCUGCGGAGCACGAGCUGUCGCAGCGCACCGCGGAGCCGGUAGGCUUCUCGCGCGACGACCUCGCGUCAGCAGGGCCUGCAGCGCUGCAGCGCGUCGGCACACCCGAGGAGCCGCGCGUGGGCUUGGUGGCCACGACGCACCGGGUGCGUCUGGACGGCGACGCCUGGGCGCGCGUCCUUGAGGCGUGCCCGGACCUGCUCAAGCAGGAGUUCACCAGCGAUGUCUGCGACGCCACGUCGCUGCCGCCGACCUCGAUGCGGCGGCUGGUGCUCGCGGCGGGCAGCCUUGUUGCCGACUUCGAGCUCGCGCACGGCGGGCUGGCGAGGACCGAGCUGGAUGAGCAGAUCGCUCGCUCCCCCUUCACCCGCACGUGGGCGCUGUACCAGCGCGUCGCUGCGCCGGAAGAGACGCUGGGCCCCCGCGCUGCGCCGCCUGCCGCCCUUCAGGACUCCGAGAGCUUCGCGUCACUGGACGUCGAGGAGCCGCCGGCUGUGCUGCGGCGGGAGGGGACGCCGGAGGUGGCGACCAUGGUGGCGCACGAGGCACGGGCGCCAGCGCUGCAGCGCGUCGGCACACCCGAGGAGCCGCGCGUGGGCUUGGUGGCCACGACGCACCGGGUGCGUCUGGACGGCGACGCCUGGGCGCGCGUCCUUGAGGCGUGCCCGGACCUGCUCAAGCGGGAGUUCACCAGCGAUGUCUGCGACGCCACGUCGCUGCCGCCGACCUCGAUGCGGCGGCUGGUGCUCGCGGCGGGCAGCCUUGUUGUCGACUUCGAGCUCGCGCACGGCGGGCUGGCGAGGACCGAGCUGGAUGAGCAGAUCGCUCGCUCCCCCUUCACCCGCACGUGGGCGCUGUACCAGCGCGUCGCUGCGCCGGAAGAGACGCUGGGCCCCCGCGCUGCGCCGCUGGAGGAGGCCCCCAUGGUGGUUGUGAGCGACGUGCCUGCGGAGCACGAGCUGUCGCAGCGCACCGCGGAGCCGGUAGGCUUCUCGCGCGACGACCUCGCGUCAGCAGGGCCUGCAGCGCUGCAGCGCGUCGGCACACCCGAGGAGCCGCGCGUGGGCUUGUGCCACACGCACCGGGUGCUCUGGACUCGG